UGUUUAAAACAUUUAUUUGUGUUUUGAUGCAAAACAGGUGAAACACGUGGUGUUGGAAAAGACAUACAUCUGAAUCAAUUUCGGUGACAAUACAUGUGAUCGACUCAUUACAGACAUGACUGACUUCAAGACAACAACUCUGGCAACUUUGCCAUCAAUUGUUGAACCUCUGAGUGAUUCGGCAAAGUAUUGGCAAAAUUUGUUAGAUUCGGCAAAAGUGGCCAAAGAGUUUUCGGGUAUCAAUUGCAUGGAUAUUGGCCAACACUCUCACGAUAUUUUGGUGACCUCUUCAUCACGACUGGCACUCUAUGAAUACUAUAGUAUGGAAGUGAAACGAUCCUUCUCUGCCCCGAACUUUGUACAACUAUACGGCGGAACAUAUCGUAAAUCAGAUUCAAAACUUAUUGUCUGUGGCGGUGCUGACGGUGUAGUCAGAGUGUGGGACAUCACUAAUAGUAAGCCAUUGAGAGCUUUGGGUCUCAAUAGCAAACACAAGACAUUAAAACAUUCAUCAGCUGUUAGAAGAAGUCAUUUUUCGGGUAAUUCAAAUGUCAUCUCAUUUGGUGACGACUAUCACAUCAAAGUUUGGGACAUUACUGAAGAAGCACUUAUCACGACAUUUGGUGACAAUAAGAGCGCACACAAUGACUACAUUAGGGCCUCAUAUGUCAUGGAUAACUCGUCAACAAUUGUUUCCGGUUCUUAUGACCAAACAGUAAAAGUUUGGGAUCAAAGAUCACCACUGAAGACGGUAAAUGAGUUUAACUUUGGAUCACCCGUUGAAUCUAUUACUGUCCGUAAUAUGAUGGCUAUAGCUGCCGGUGGAGACGCUAUAAAGAUAUAUGAUUUGAUUGCUGGAAAGGUUUUGAAAACUUUAUCCAAAACACAUCAUAAGACCAUAACUUGUGUCUAUAAUUACGGUCAAUAUUUGUUGACCGCAUCAAUUGAUGGACAUCUUAAAGUUUAUGAUAGCAAUUUUAAUAUCGCCACAUCUCUCACAUAUACACCAUCACAACUACUCUCUUGUGCUUUGGAUGAUAAAGUACUCGCUGUCGGUGCAAAUGAUGGACUCUUUUCUGUCAAUAAAUUUAAGACAGAAGAACAACAACCGAUUGACAAAUAUAAUAAACGCUUCAGAAAUCGUUAUUUUAACGGACAGUUAGUUGACUCGGAGACAAAUAAGAGAAAAAUAGAUUAUUUGGAACAAUUCGUUGUCGUUAAAGGAAAACACAAAUAUCAGAAAUUGUCGAAACAUGAAGAAGCGCUUAAAAAGUUUAACCACACAUCAGCUCUUAACACAGUUCUUAAUAAACACAGCAAUGAACCGGAAGUUAUCGUAAGUUUUAUGCAAGAAUUGAUUAGAAGAGGAGCCUUAAGAGCAGCUCUGGCCGCCAGAAAUGAUAAACAACUUCGACCUAUAUUUAGAUUUUUGUUAAAUUACUUUAAGGACCCGAGAUUUAACCGUAUAUUAGUGGAUGUGGCGCUAAUGCUAAGUGAUCUUUAUAUGAACCAAAUUAACAGAUCCGAUGAAAUUAGAUAUUUGUUUAAUAAACUUAAUUCUGUGGUUAAUUUGGAACUCAAUUGUGUCCAACAAAUGCUUUCAAUUUCCGGUCAACUCUCGGCUAUUGUAAAUUCAUCGAUUAGUUAGUAAACAAUAAAUUAUUUUAAUAUGUGUUU